AUGACGAAGCUUCUGUUCACCGCCUGCUGCUGCUUCCUAAUCCUCCUCCUUGUCAAUGGCACUCAUCACGUGGAGGCCCGUCGCCACCGCGAGCGUCGCCAGGACCGCACGCUCUUCGUCUUCGGCGACUCCUUUGUGGACGCCGGCAACCUUCCGAGAUCAGCAAAGAGCAGGGCGUCGCGUGGGUGGUACUACCCCUACGGCAGCUCCGACUCCGCUCACCGCAACAGAGCAACCGGCCGCCUUUCGGACGACCUCGUGCAAUCAGAUUUCCUCGCGAGGAUGCUGGGGAACGACGACGAGCCCCCUCCGCCGUACAGUCCGAACGAGGCGGUGGACGGGUCCGGCGGCGUCAACUUCGCCCUACCCAUGUCCGGCGUCUUGAACGGCCCGGAGGAGGAGCUGGCGCUGGGCGGGCAGAUCGACCAGUUCAGGAGGCUGGUGAGCCGCGGGGUCAUCCGGGACGCGGACCUGGACGGGUCCGUGGCGCUCGUCUCCGUCGCCAACGGCCACGACUACUCGCACGUCAGCGACACCACCUGGCUCAGCGGCUACGCCCGGUGCGACGGCCGCGGCAACGCCAUGGCCGGCAUGCACAACGCGCUCCUCGGGCAGAAGCUCGGCGACCUGGACGGCGUCCUGCUGCUCGACCUCUACACCGCCUUCAAUAGCGUCGCCCAGUCCAAAUCCGGCUCGACGCCGUGCUGUGAUACCACGGACCCGAACGGGCAUUGCGGACAGGAGGACGGCAGUGGCAGAGCUCAGUACAGUGUGUGCGACGACCCGGACAGCUACUUCUCCUGGGACUACAUGCACCCGACGCAAGCCGGAUGGGAGGCCGUCAUGGAUCAGCUGCGAGGACCCAUCCAGGAUUUCUUGGCCAGCUCUAGGGACUAGUUAUUGUUAGUUCGUUGUACGUGUGUCCUAAAACUUUAGGUAGUUAGGUUAAUUUGGGCCGCGAUUAGUUAAG